AUGAUCGCUCCUGAAUUCGAAGAUGACAACCAGCGGGAUGCCAAGCUGGGCACUAGCGCGAUGAGUAUGCAGUUGAAACAUGAGUUGUCGAAAUUGCAGUACAAUGCAUUCCCACCACAGCCUGUUUCAGGUGGUGCAGAUGCAGCCGAAGAUGAGCCUGGCAUUGGUGACCCUGAAGGGAAAGAAGACGCCCUCCGAUCUGGCGUCCAAGCUGCUGGUGUUCUCUCUAGUAAUUUAGACAAGUUUGAUUUUCUACGAUCUCGCGGAUUUGUGUUGACCAAGAGACAAUUCACGAUAAAAUUUGACAUUGACGACCGUCUCCGAGAGGAUGUUGUGGAGCGUUUCCAGAAGCUACAGGCCUACAUUGAAAGGGCUUUUCUUGCCACCACUACCAAACACUUCAACAACCAUGUGAUCCCGUUUGCCCUGGCGCUGGUGCCAACUGAAAACUACGCCAAUUGGACCUGGUUCAUGUACUGCGUAAAACGCGACCGGAUCGAGAUGGUCACCUUCCUGUCUGGAGACUUGUCGACCUUUCUCCUCAAGAAUGUACGUGCGGAAAUUGGCAAAAUCAUGCCUUUCCUUGUAUUCACGCCAUCUCCGCAGCUAUUCAAGACGGCCCUCGACUCGAAGAUUUUGUAUUAUGCGGAGAAAAUGUAUUUUGCGAAUUUUCGCCAAACGCACACUUUCGUGUUUCAGCCUUGGCCGAAAGACGUCACGCUGGCGAUCGACCCCACACAAUUGGUCCCUCUGUUUCAACUAGAUGACGAGCACGUGGGCAAGCGUGGGCUCAAGCCUGGCCCAACGCCCCAACACAGACACAAACGAGCGAGGAAUAGAUUGAUAGCAGAAUACGAAAGUCCUUAA